GGGUUAAUAGAGGUUUUCAUCACUCUUAGCUUUUGCUUAGGUAAAGACACAUAUCUUCCGCUACCAACCAACAGGUGGCGCAUUACAAUUAAAAUUUUUAAAUUACAAAAUAAUUUUUAUUAACGGAGCAAAAAAUUUUGCGUAAAUCAGUUUAAAAUGGCUACUAAUAUUAUUUAUCCUAAACCUUUGCCUAAACUCGUUAAACAAAAUAUCCCUUUAGAAACUGGUUUUACUUCCACUGAAAUUGUUGCUUUACAGAAUGGUUGGCAUUUGAUUAAACGCCGUUUAUAUUAUCAUUCAACAAAAAUUUUUAUGGACUUUUUCAGUGAACAUUAUCUUCUUUUGGAAAGAUUUCGUAAUGUUGAGAUUGGAAAAUUCAAUUUAAGUAAUUUGCAUCAACAUCCUGGACAGUUAAUGAAUAUUUAUGGACGUCUUAUUGAAAGUGGUCUUAAUGAUGUGGCCUUUAUUAACAUGUUAUUGAGUGAUGUAGGCCAGAGGCAUAAGUUGUAUGAAGUUACAUACGAUGAUGUUAAGUUACUCACCGAUCAUAUUCAAUUAUAUGUUAUAGAAUUUUUGGAUAAAAUAAAGUCAAUCACGUUCGUAAAUGGUUUAACAAAAUUAAGUGAACUUAUUAAUGAACAUCACAGGGAAAAGGCUGAAGAUGAAAAGCAAACAGCAAGGACUCAAAGUGAUGAUGCGGAUUAAAAAAAUAAAAUUUAAAAAUAAAAUAUCAUUAGUAUUAAAUUUCCUUUUGCAAACACUUGUACGUAUGAUGAAUAGCAUAUCAUAAUUAAUAAUACCCAUACGUCUGGAAGACUGCAUCUCAAAUGAUGACAUCUUGAAGGGUAAUUGUUAGCAAUAUUGUUAAUAAAAUAAAACCGAAUAAUAAAUACAAAAUUAUAAAAUAGUAAUAAUGAUACUGAUGAGGAUGGUGAUAAUGACGAUAAUCGCAUUUAUAAUUUGAACUACUGCUAGUGAAAUAAAUAUGUUCUCCUUCUGUUGACUUUCCAACUCAUUUACUCUCAUGUACCCUCAUCCAGCAACAAGUGGAUUUGCUAUUUCGUUAACAUUUGAAUGUGGGUUUUGUCGGCCUGUUUCGCUUUAUUCUAUAUAAUGAUUUUACGUCUUUGUAAAAAUGUUACUUGAGGCAAG